AUGCCUCACUCCACACAGUCCCAGGCCGCAACCAAGACCUUCACGCUCAACAAUGGUGUCAAGGUCCCAGCUGUUGGUUUCGGUACUUUCGCCAGCGAGGGUGCUGUUGGUGAAACCUACAAGGCAGUAACAGCAGCCCUUGAAGCUGGUUAUCGGCACUUCGACUGCGCCUGGUUCUAUAAGAACGAGAGCGAAGUCGGUGACGCCAUACACGAUUACCUCAAGGCCAACAAGGAUUCCGUCAGGCGCGAGGAUCUUUUCAUCUGCACAAAAGUAUGGAACCACCUCCACGAGCCUGAGCAGGUGCAGUGGUCCCUGGAGUCAUCCUUGCGCAACUUCCGCCUCGACUACCUGGACCUCUUCCUCGUCCACUGGCCCAUCGCUGCCGAGGCCGACCCGGAAACCCACGAGCCCAAGCUGGGCCCCGACGGAAAGUACAUCAUCAACAAGGAGCUCACCGAGAACCCCGAGCCGACAUGGCGCAAGAUGGAGGAGAUCUAUGAGAGCGGCAAGGCCCGGGCCAUCGGUGUUUCCAACUUCACCAUUCCCGGCCUGCAACAGCUCUUGAGCUUUGCCCGCGUGCCGCCUGCGGUCAAUCAGAUCGAGAUUCACCCAUUCCUGCCCAACAGCGAGCUUGUAGACUUCUGCCUGUCACAGGGCAUCAUCCCGCAGGCCUACUCUCCAUUAGGCUCGCAGGAUCAGGUCCCCACCACGGGCGAAAAGGUCCGCACCAACCCAACACUUAACGAGGUUGCCGAGCGCAGCGGCAACACGCUGGCUCAGGUCCUCCUCGCCUGGGGCCUGCGCAGAGGGUACAUGGUUCUUCCCAAGUCUUCCACACCAUCGCGCAUUGCCAGCAACUUCCAGGUCCCGGAGCUGUCGGACGAGGACUUCCAGGCCGUCCAGGCCGUUGCCAAGGGUCGCCACACCCGUUUCGUCAACAUGAAGGACACAUUUGGCUAUGACGUUUGGGCCAAUGAGAGUGCUUAG